CUACUGUGGCUGAGACACAGAAACCAAGUGCGCAGAGGCACAGAAGGGGCUCGAGGGGCUGCAGGUUCCACAAGAGGACAGGGAGCAGGCACAAUGGCCUACACCAUGGCACCAACCGUCUACCUCUCCUGUCUCCUGGCCCUGUUGGUGGCAGGCCUGGCUCAACACAUCAAGGACUCCCUCUGGGAGAAGGACCUAGAUCCCAACAUGCUGAAGCUGGAACAGGUCUUCGAGUUGUUCCGCGCCCAGUACAACCGGAGUUACUCAAACCCCAAAGAGUAUGCUCGUCGCCUGGAGAUCUUUGCACACAACCUGGCCCAGGCUCAGAAGAUGGAGGCAGAAGACUUGGGCACGGCCGAGUUCGGGAUGACUCCAUUCAGUGACCUCACAGAGGAGGAGUUUGAGCAGCUCCAUGGGCACCAGAAGAUAACACCUGGAGAGACUCCUGGUGUGGGCAGAAAAGUGGGGUCUGAAGUGGUGAUGGAGUCCGUGCCCCCUAGCUGCGACUGGCGCAAGUUGAAGGGCGUCAAGUCACCCAUCAAGGAGCAGGGAAACUGCAACUGCUGCUGGGCCAUGGCCGCUGCGGGCAACAUCGAGGCCCUGUGGAGCAUCAGAUACAACCAGUCUGUGCAGGUCUCCGUGCAGGAGCUGCUCGACUGCAACCGCUGCGGGGACGGCUGCAAGGGUGGCUUCGUCUGGGACGCGUUCGUAACUGUCCUCAACAACAGUGGGCUGGCCAGCGAAAGGGACUACCCAUUCCGGGGGAGCCUCAAACGCCAUAAGUGUCUGGCCAGGAACUACAAGAAGGUGGCCUGGAUCCAGGACUUCAUCAUGCUGCAGAACAAUGAGCAGACGAUGGCCGACUACCUGGCCACCCAUGGCCCCAUCACCGUGACCAUCAACAUGAAGCUACUGCAGCAAUACAAGAAGGGUGUGAUUAAGGCCACACCCGCCACCUGUGACCCCUACCUUGUGAACCAUUCUGUCCUGCUUGUGGGUUUUGGGAAGACCAACUCAACGGAGAGGAGGAGGGCAAAGGGAGGCCACCUCUGGCCUCAUCCUCACCGCCCAAUCCCAUACUGGAUUCUGAAGAACUCCUGGGGUGCUGAAUGGGGUGAGGAGGGCUAUUUCCGGCUGCAUCGUGGGAGUAAUACAUGCGGCAUCACCAAGUACCCGCUCACAGCCCGCGUGGACCUACAGGGGAAGAAGGCCCCAGUGUCCUGCCCCCGCUGAGCUUGUGCCGCCGAGCCUCAGCCCUCUCCCACCAUGCCCGCUGCCUCCUCGUUGGCCCCAGCAAAGGCUUUUGCCCAUCCUCCUGAUCUUGCUAUGGCUUGAAUAAACCAAGAUGAGCUCCUUC